AUGACAAACAUAAGUGACCCGCAAUAAACACAGACGCUCAGCGCAGAGUAGAACUGCUGAACUCCGAAAAUAAAACUCGCAGGAAAAGAGUUUGUACUGUAUUCUCAAAGUCAAAGAGAUGGGUUCAAAUCAUUCAUUAAAUCGUAAAGAGAUCUUACAAGACUACCGAGUAGGUAGUCUUCCUAACAAGGAAAAGCUAUUGAACAAUAAUACGGACGGUGUUCCUACUAUUAUGGACUCGAUGGGAAAGGAGAAUGUCAUUUUGUCGAACCAUGAAGUGCAACUCGCGACGGCUUACCUUCACAAGUACGCGCACGUUAGUAAGCGUAAAAUGAAGACGAUCUUCAAGCCGAUCUCGACGAAGAACAAUACGAACGAGCUCAAAACGGAGAAAAUUUUAAAACCCGCCCAAGCGAACACGGCUAUUAUACCAACAAGCAACAACAUCCAGAAAACAAACACGCAGAACAUAUCAAGUUCGAAGGCGGUGUUGACAUCUUCCCACUUCACGAUAAAAUGUCUCGGAACUUUUGUGUGUGCUCGGUAUUUACGAAUCCUGCCCCACUUAUCCAUCAACGAUGUCAUCAUGUGGCUCAAGACUGUCGAUCGCGCACUCACACUGUCCGGAUGGCAAGAUCAUGCCUUUCUUACUACACCUAAUAUAACAUUUAUCUACAUGUUAGCGCGAGACGCUCUUCCCGAGACCGUGGAAUCUAUGAGCCAACUCAAAUCUGAACUUUUGACAAUACUCUACAUGGCCUACACAUAUGAAGGCCCAGAGAUUAGCUACCCUCUAAAACCGUUCCUGUGUGACAAAAAUCGUGCGGAGUUUUGGAGUCGUUGCGUGAGAAUGACGAACAAUCAAAGCGGUGAUAUGUUAAAAAUCAACAAAGACAAGGACUUCUACGAAGAAGUUCAAAUCGAAUUGGCGACAUAUGGCUGCUUGUUCCAAAGAUCGAAGAGGAUUUGAAAUGGGUCCUUGACUUUGCAUAUCAAACUUGGAACCAAACCAGAACACGCCUGUGUAGUCAACGCCAAGUAAGGCACACUGGACAUUUGAAGUCACAGUCGAAGGGAAACCAACGGACCAGCCGAGAACAAUGGUUGGAAAUACACGAACACUUGCGACAAAGUACAGCUGGGUUGUCACAUCACUUUGACACCUAGAAUUGACCGCUUUUGAGAGCUAAAGGCAGCCAUACAUGGGCUGCCAAUGUCAGAACACUUGGGUGACUUACUCGUCUAUUGGACGAACAGUAUUAGCAUGCUGACAAAUCAAAUUGAAAAGCAUAAAAACAUUUUACUAAUAUACUGGAGGAUAGGAAAAUUUGUGAAAAUAUAAACAACAACAUCCUAUGUUUAUAUAGUAUGAAAUAUGUUUAUAGUAUAUAUAUAGUCUAUAUUUAUAUGAAAUUAUAUUGAAUAUGAUUGACGAAGUUAUUUAUUGAAAUUGUAAAACUGGAGCCGUGUCCAGGUAAAACGAGAAAGAUCACGGACGAAAUGAAAUAAAUGAAAAUGUUCAAAAUAAACC